AUGCCAAAUCUACCUCCACCAAACCCUCCCCAGGUGCUACGUCUCACCAUCGCCAAAUUCUCCCAUACAACGACCUCCACCGACCAUGUCGGCCCGCUGAAUUGGACUCAUGUCCACGGGAAUGGAGACAUAACCUGCACUUUCGAUAAGUACCUCGACUUGGACUCUAUCCCAUCAAGACUGAUCCAGAAAGUAUUCCAAGGAGACGACCUUCUGGAGCAGCUUGACCUGGUAUUCUUUGUCCGCAUGGCUGCAAUGCAAGCCCAGCUAGUCCCACCACCAAAGUCGCAGUUUGCUGUCGUUGUCAAAUCCCCGUGUCUGGCAGUCAAGUAUCCACAUGGAACAAAUAUCCGUCGCUUUCAGAUCAAGUUCACCUCAGAGCGAGACUACUUUACAGUAUUGACCCUCCUGGGUGAAAUCAACUGUCCAUUGACAGAAGGCAAGCCACCCGCUCCAGCAGUCCGGCGCUUUCCAUCCGUCUCGUCAUGGACAUCAGGGCAUCUCUCGUCCAUUCCCCCCAGAACCGUCAACACAGUGGCAACUUCCACGGGCAGCAACUGGGUCUCACACCCAGCUGGGGCGAUAUCCGAACGAACAACACCAAUCCGAGCAACUUCUCCCGCGAGCACAAUCUCCCAUGCUGCACCCAAGUUCCAACCCCUACCGGCUUUCAUCGUGCCUCAAAACACAGAACCUGCAGACCCAUUUCAACAGCUAGAGGCCCCUACUCUCACCAACAAAGAACACCAGGGAGCCGAACUCGCAAGCUCACAGCUCUCAACCAUAUCAGCAAGCCACGAGAUCGACCAGCUGAACAAAAUGCUCCCUCCAAAGCGAGAGCUUCCAUUUCAAGUUCCAGCUGCAAAGAGAACACGCACUACCAGUCUAACGCGGACGACCCAGAAACAGAAACAGAAACACUCGAAUCCAUUUUCAAAAUCACAGCCCGCACCGCAAACCAACGACCCGAAGCUUUGUCCACUUGACCCAGUGUCCAAGCGUGAUGAUAUUCCUACUUUCCCGGCACACAAUUUUAAGAACUUAUCCCAGGCAGACUCCUCCCAGCCAAACCUAUCCCAGCCAAAUCUAUCCCAACCAGAAGCACACCCCGACCCGACUCCACCGUUGAUCCUCUACGAAGAAGCACCUGUAUCUCAGGCCUUACCUCCACGCAGUAGUCUCGCCGAGCAGGCUUCUCAAGCAGCCAGUAUCCAAGAGACAUUGCAGACAGGACAAGAUCCAGUCCCAUCUAUUCCCCAGCUGAUCGUCAGGACGAACGACGAACCACCGAUUACACCUGAGGACUGGCUAGCGCAGUAUAUGGCAUCUCCGACGCCGGAGCGCACCGCCUUCCUCGAGAACUGGAUGUGCGAGUUGCUCGAAGAUGACAACUUCCUGGCGCUAUGUCAGGACGUGGACAGUGUCUGGUGGCGGUUUGCGUUCGGACGGAGGCAAUAA